UGAGUUAAUGUUAUCUACCAGCAACAGGCUACCGGUACAGUUUUUCGAUUAUCCUAUUCGGCCGGGUUAGUCCAGCCUACUAGACUAUAACAGUUAUUUUGUAAUUAAAUUCAUCUAUGAAUAUGGUGCGCACUGGCCAAAAGAAAAAGGUUGUAAAGAUCGAAAACGAGCAAAAGGUAACCGAAGACGAUUGUGGGGACAACGAAUCUAGACCGAGAUCAUCAAUGACAAUACCCGCUGCCGCAGUCAAACGUUCAUAUGAAGAGGAAGACGACAGUGACCAAGAUUGUGAAGAAGAAUCUCCGGAGUACAAUAUAGGUAAUCAAAUGACCAGCCUGAUCAAAAAAUUCGGCAGCGACAUGAAAAAAAAUUUGUCAGCGAAACGAAAACGACUGGAAACUCUUACGUCACAAUCCGCCUCGAAUUGCAGAACCAAAGUAGACGCUAUCAUGGAUAGUCAGAGAAAGGACAGACAAACGCUGGACAAUGAAUACACAAAGCAAAUGAAUUGUUUGUUUACUCAAUGGGAAACAGACAUUGCCAAGGUCAAGGAAAACGAGGACAAAUUGAACAAUGUGUUGCAACAACAAAUGAAACUGAUUGCCCAAAUCAGAGUUGUUCAAACUCAAAGAUUCAAAUCACUAAAGCAACUACAAGAACAGUACAUGAACAGCACUCAAGACAUGGAAUCCAACCACGUUCUCCAGAAAUCAAAUGUUUGCUCCGAUCUCAAAGAAGAAAUGUCUAGAUUACAGACCAAAAUUUUGAAAGACACGCAAACUCAAGAAAUGGCGUCUAUGCGACAGAACUUUCACACUAUGCUUUUCAAGUGAAAUUGCAAAGAAGAGGCUUCAAGGAUAGUAUUUAAUUUUUGUGGAAAAUUAUUUACAGACGACUGAAAUCGGUGAUUACGAUCAUUGUGCUCUCUGAAAAUUUUUCAGUUUUUCAUUUACUUGUUAUUUAUUCUAUUGCGACGUUUUUGUUGGUUGAAUUCUGCAAUAAAGUUUUAAAAACACGUCAAA